AUGUACGUUGUGGGCGCUGGGCAGCCUUUGGUCGAUCUGCAUUGCACACUAGUACCCCCCGCAGACGCAGGAGACAAUUUCUUCUUGAAUGGACCUACUAGCGUCGGCAGCUCGCGCGCAGAGGCAGUCCCACUUCUCCGGGAAUUGAAUGACAGCGUCUCCGGUGAGGCGACUACGAAGGAUAUCAACACGCCGCUGGCGAUAGAUGAUGGCCGCGAUUGGGUCCGGAACCUUUCGCUCGUUAUCACACACAAUCUCCCAAAUGACACUCUGGACACCCUCUCGCGUCUGCUCUGGGACGCUCUCACUGGCCCGCAGCUGAUCGCAGUGCGCUCUGCUGGCUUCCUCGCAGAUUUCUACGUCCGGUUCCACGAGCACUGCGUUUCGCAGCCGCACACUGAUGAGACUGCUCCGUCGGUCAGAUUACGCGAUCUUUCCCUAGGCUCUUGCGGUGGGCGCGGGACUCACGGCGGGGCGCUCACUGCGACUGAUACGGAGAAGAACCACUUUGCGGUGUUUCAAGCACAAAAAUGGAAGCUGAGCGAAGAGAACUGA